AUGAAGGACGCGUACUUCCACAUUGCCAUUUACCCGCCACACAGACGCUAUCUUCGUUUUGUCGUCAACCACCAGCACUACCAGUUCACGGUGCUCCCCUUCGGCCUGUCUAUGGCCCCGAAGGUCUUCACCAAAUGCAUGGCCUCUGCUAAUGUACUCUCUAAAAAUUUCAGAAACUUCAUCAAACGAUUAACUAGCAAAUCCUCAUCUGAUUGGAACAGUAAAAUUGUUCAGCAUCCCAGACAAAGUGAUGGCCACAACUGCGGACCACUCAUCUUAAAGAAAGCGUGGAGGACUAGUGCAUAUACUGCAACCUUAUCAACUGUGAAAAAGAAAGUGAGGAUUGCACGAUGGAGCCAUGGCCUCGGCUGCUGCCACCAGCGACCUUCUGAAAAGCCUGCCACCAGCGACCUUCUGAAAAGCCUCCGGGACACAGUGAAUUGCUCAGUCUGCCAGGAUAUUUUUAAAGAUCCAGUGACCCUGGACUGUGGGCACAAUUUCUGCCACUCCUGCAUCGCCCAGCGCUGGGAGGGAUUGAAGAGAAACUUCCCCUGCCCUCAGUGCAGGAAAAGGUUUCGGAAGGGAAAUAUCCGGCCUAAUCCCCAGCUGGAAGCAAUAGCCAAGCAAGUCAGGCCUAACCCCCAGCAGGAAGAAAUAGCCAAGCAAGUCAGCGCUCCCGCUGUGAAAGGGUCGGAGGGAGAGAAACUGUGUGAGGAACACAAGAAACCCUUAAGCUGUACUGUGAGCAUCAUAACAAACUCAUUUGUGAGGACUGUGAUAUAUCCUUUGAGCACCGCUACCAUGACGUGCUUCCCGUAGAGGAUGUGGUCCAGUCAUCGAAGGUGGGAAAUCUGAGAGUCAUUCGUGUUAGAUUAAGUGAAAUGGCAGUGAUAAAACCCCACGAUAAGCCGCCCUCCUCCUCCUGCUUCGGAGGAAGUGUCGGUCUAGCCUCGGGACUUCCAGAUCCCAAGGGAGACAGAGGCUGUCCAACAAGAAGAGCCCUCGACUGACCCGCUUGUCCCAGGUCUCUCC